AUCCUGUCAGGAAAGUGGAAUGGAGAAGUGAUUUCAAGGAGACAAAAGUAAUGGUGUACAUUUUCUGAUUCCUAAAGAAGUGCUCUUUUUUUUUUUUUCUUUUUGCAUGGACAAUGGCCGUCGUACUUAGAUUCCUCUGGGUAGGGAUAUGCUUUACUGUGACCGUUGCUGAAAGCUACAUCCUUUUCAUCUACUUCAACAGGCAGUGAAACGGUUUGGUUGCAGCUCCCAGCACCGCCAGGAAAGGGUUUGCAGACCACGCGACAGCCGCCGCUUCUGUAAGAGGACAGGAGGCUGCGGGCGGUGGUGGCCAAAAGAGUAGCACGGGGUCCCAGCGUCACGGGUACAUCUCGGCAGUAUUUGACACCUUGCCAGGAAACUCCUUCCCGCUGGGAAGCCCAGAGAGGCGCACUAGCCCACACGCGCAGAGGGGUGGUUCCAUCGUCACAUCACCGGCACAGCGACAAAAGUCAACCAACCAAACACGCUUCCUCCACACGCGCGGGAAGCAAUACUCCGCUGGCCAGUUAUGCUGAGGAGUCCCGACCUACGGCUGCGGGUGAGUGACGGGGCUGCUGGUCUCCCGACUUCCGGGUGUGUGACCUGUCUUCAGGGCGGACGGUGAGAACCUGUCCCCUCUGCUCUGGCCUGGCGCCACACGGGUCUUCCCUGCGCUGCUCCGCCCCGGCCGCGGGGAGGCUUGGCGCGCGGGAGCGCGGAUCACCGGAGAGUGCGGAUCCACCCGGGAGCGCGGAUCACCCAGGAACGCGGAUCCAUCCCGGAGCGCGGAUCACCCGGGAGCGCGGACCACCUGGGACGCUUCGCUCGCCCCGAAGCCCGCGGAGCAGAAACCCCUGAGCACUGGAGAUCAUGGAUAAAUUUGACCUGAUUAAGGUCAUUGGGGAAGGAGCCUUCGGAAGAGCAUACUUGGCUAAAGGGAAAUCUGACAGCAAGUCCUGUGUCAUAAAAGAGAUCAAUUUUUCAAAGAUGCCCAUCCAAGAAAAAGAAGCUUCAAAGAAAGAAGUGAUUCUUCUGGCUAAGAUGCAACAUCCCAACAUUGUAACCUUCUUCAGUUCAUUUCAAGAGAGCAGCAGACUGUUUAUUGUGAUGGAGUAUUGUGAUGGAGGAGAUCUCAUGAAAAGGAUCCACCGCCAACGGGGAGUGUUAUUUAGUGAAAAUCAGAUCCUGGGUUGGUUUGUACAGAUUUCUCUAGGACUAAAACAUAUUCAUGAUAGGAAGAUAUUACACCGGGACAUAAAAGCUCAGAACAUUUUUCUUAGCAAGAAUGAUACAGUUGCAAAGCUUGGGGACUUUGGCAUAGCAAGAGUCCUAAAUCAUUCCAUGGAAUUUGCUCGAACUUGUGUUGGAACACCUUAUUACCUGUCCCCGGAGAUCUGUCAGAAUAAGCCAUACAACAACAAAACGGAUAUUUGGUCUCUGGGCUGCGUCUUAUAUGAGCUUUGCACACUCAAGCAUCCUUUUGAGGCUAACAGCUUACACCACCUGGUUCUGAAGAUUUGUCAAGCACAUUUUGCCCCCAUAUCACCAAGGUUUUCUCAUGAUUUACGGUCCUUGGUGCCUCAGCUCUUUAAAGUAUCUCCUCGAGACCGACCGUCUAUUAAUUCCAUUCUGAAAAGACCCUUCAUAGAGAAUCUUACUGCCAAAUACUUGACUCCCGAGGUUAUUCGUGAAGAAUUCAGUCACAGGCUCAUAUGCAGACCAAGAUUCUUAGCCUCUCGACCUGCAAGGAAGGAGACCCAGGAUUCUAAAAUACAGAAAGUGAGAUUCCAGGGAAAGUGCCCACCAAGAUCAAGGAUAUCAGUGCCAAUUAAAAGAAAGGAAGUAUUACAUAGAAACGAAUGGAGACCACCAUCUGGACGCCAGAAGCCCUUACGUAUAAAAAUGACAGAAAGGGCCAAGCCUGCUGCAGCUUGUGGACAUUAUGACUUUUACCACGCUCAACUUGACUUGUGGAGGGAGAAAGCCCGUGAGCCAAGCUGUCACGGUGUUCCUCCAAAAGGUUCUGGAAGUGAGGAGGAUUGCAACCAAGAAGAAAGGCUCCGGCCGUCACCUGCCCCAUGGUCUGCUGAAUACCUUCAGAGGAAAUUUGAAGCUCAACAAUAUAAGUUGAAAGUGGAAAAGCAACUGGGUCUUCGUCCAUCUUCUGCUGAGCCAGAUUACAACCUGAGGCAAGAGCUAAGAGGUCAUGGAGAAGAGCCUCGAUUCCAGGAGCUGCAGUUUAGGAAAAAGGACAUGAAGGACCAGGAAUACUGGAAAGAGCUGGAGGAAAUACGCGACCAGUACCACAAUGACGUGAAGGCAAUUAGAAAGAAGAUGGGAAGAGAGCAUGAGGAGAACGCAAAAAUCAAUGAUGAAACCUAUUUGGUGAAGAAGAGUGUCCUGGCCGCCCGCCAGCACCCACCUGAGGAAGAGGCGCCUGCACAGGACAUUGAAAGAGACUUGAAACAAAUUAGGCUUCAGAAUAUAAAAGAAAGUAAAAUUCCAGAACAGAAAUAUAAACCUAAGAGAGGCGUAAAAUUUGAAAUUAAUUUAGACAGGUGUGUUUCUGGUGAAGACAUCUUCCAAGAAACAGAGGAAAGGGACAUGCUAAAUGAUACUUUGACCUUCGAGGGUGGCAUGAAAUUUAAGGAACGUAGACAUAUAAAGGAGCAUGAAGACUACACAGACAAAGCCUUUGAAGAACUCCACGGCCUAGAACCAGGUACCUCCACACAGGAUGCUGCUGCUGCAGAAAGCAGGAGGCAGUGGGACGCCAGAGCCCCUCAGACUCUGCUGCAAAUGAUGGCCGUGGCCGAUGUCACCUCUACCUGCUCCAUGGUGCCUGAUGAUGGCGGAGUGAUUGUGAUGGAAGGUGGUCCAGAAGCUAGGAAGCAAUGGCGGCAGGAAGCACCAGGAACUUUGAUGCGCGUUUUGACAGCAGCACAUCUAACGAGCAGCUCAUUUUCUGCCAAUGAAGAACCUGUAGGGACAUUAAAACCAUGGCUUCCUGAAGAAGGUGAGGGCGAAGUGGAGAUGGCCUCUGGCACUGAAGUAGAUGAAGAGCAACUGGAACCAGGAUCCGAUGGCGAUGAUACGUAA